AUGGAUAACUCUUUUAUUCACACCCCAGCGGAAGCGCUGGAUCAUUUCGAUGUAUCCGAAAGCGCUGGUUUGUCUCAAGACGCGGUCUUGAAAUCCAGACAGGAGCAUGGCCCCAAUGCUAUUGCUGAGGAACCCCCGACUCCUCUCUGGGAAAUGAUUCUGGAGCAGUUCAAGGACCAGCUGGUUCUUAUCCUGUUGGGAUCUGCUGCGGUAUCCUUUGUUUUGGCCCUUUUCGAAGAAAGUGAUGACUGGACCGCCUUUGUCGACCCAGCUGUGAUCUUGACUAUCUUAAUUCUCAACGCGGUGGUGGGCGUGACUCAAGAGAGCAGCGCAGAGAAGGCGAUUGCGGCGCUUCAGGAAUACUCGGCCAACGAGGCCAAGGUUGUACGUAACGGGAAGGCUCAGCGCGUCAAGGCAGAAGAUCUGGUACCUGGUGAUGUUAUCCACAUCGCUGUUGGUGACCGUGUCCCCGCCGACUGCCGACUGCUCUCUAUUCACAGCAAUAGCUUCCGGGUUGAUCAGGCAAUCUUGACUGGUGAGAGUGAGAGUGUUAGCAAGGAAACUGGCAUCAUCAAGGAUCGUCAGGCUGUUAAGCAGGAACAAACCAACAUGCUUUUCUCCGGUACUACCGUCGUCAAUGGUCAUGCUACUGCGCUGGUUGUUCUGACUGGUAGCUCCACUGCUAUUGGUGAUAUCCACGACAGCAUCACUUCUCAGAUCUCCGAGCCAACUCCAUUGAAGCAAAAGUUGAAUGACUUCGGUGAUAUGCUGGCAAAGGUUAUCACGGUCAUUUGCAUCCUCGUCUGGGUCAUUAAUAUCGAACACUUUAACGAUCCGUCCUUUGGUGGCUCCUGGACUAAGGGUGCGAUCUACUAUCUGAAGAUCGCCGUCUCUCUCGGUGUUGCCGCUAUCCCCGAAGGUCUUGCCGUUGUCAUUACCACAUGUUUGGCUUUGGGAACCCGCAAGAUGGCCCAAAAAAACGCCGUUGUCCGAUCCUUGCCCUCCGUGGAAACCCUGGGAAGCUGCAGUGUAAUCUGCUCCGAUAAGACAGGAACUUUGACUACCAACCAAAUGAGCGUGGAGAAGAUUGUUUACGUGACAAGCCUCGGGGACAGGCUCGAGGAGAUCGAUAUCGAAGGUACUACAUUUGCUCCAGAGGGCAAGUUGUCCCAGAACGGCAAAGUGGUUGAGAACCUGGCUGUUACUUCAUCCACUAUCCGUCAAUUAACCGAAGUUACCGCUAUCUGCAACGCUGCCACCCUUUCCCACGACGCUAAAACUGGUGUGUUCUCGAACAUUGGCGAGCCGACAGAGGCAGCCCUGCGUGCCUUGACUGAGAAGAUCGGCACCAGUGAUGCCGCUGAGAACAAGAAGCUUUUCAGUCUGCCUUCCUCCGAGAGACUUCACCUCGCCAGUGCCCACUACGAAUCCCGUCUACCCCUUCAGGCUACAUACGAGUUUUCCCGCGACCGCAAGAGUAUGUCGGUUCUUGUUGGCAAGGGAAAGGAGCAAAAGCUGCUGGUCAAGGGUGCCCCCGAAAAUGUUCUGGAACGCUGCUCUCACGUUUUGCAAGGUGCUGAAGGAUCCCGAGUGUCUAUGACCAAGAAGCACGCCAAGCUGCUUUCUGAAGAGGUCGUCGAAUACGGUAAAAGAGGUCUCCGUGUCAUGGCUAUCGCAAGUGUUAGCGAUGUUUCUGGAAACAAGCUGCUGAAGAAUGCAUCGUCAACUGAGGAUUAUGCCAAGCUCGAGCAGAAUAUGACUCUGAUUGGUCUCGUUGGUAUGCUCGAUCCCCCACGCCCUGAAGUCGCCGGUUCCAUCAGGAAAUGUCGGGAUGCUGGUAUUCGCGUCAUUGUCAUCACUGGUGAUAACCCCAACACUGCCGAGUCUAUCUGUCGCCAAAUUGGUGUUUUCGGUGCCGACGAGGAUCUCACGGGUAAGAGCUUCACUGGUCGCGAAUUUGAUGAUUUGAGCGAGGCCGAGCAAAUCAAGGCCGUUCAGACUGCUUCUCUCUUCUCACGUACCGAGCCUUCUCACAAGUCUAAAUUGGUUGAUCUUCUUCAGUCCAUGAACCACGUGGUCGCCAUGACUGGUGACGGUGUCAACGAUGCUCCCGCACUCAAAAAGUCUGACAUUGGUGUCGCUAUGGGUACUGGUACCGAUGUGGCCAAGCUCGCUGCCGAUAUGGUUCUCGCCGACGACAAUUUCGCUACUAUCACUGUUGCCGUGGAGGAAGGUCGAUCGAUCUACAGCAACACUCAGCAAUUCAUCCGGUACUUGAUCUCGUCCAACAUCGGUGAAGUCGUGUCUAUCUUCUUGACUGCUGCCCUCGGCAUGCCCGAGGCCCUGGUUCCUGUUCAACUCCUGUGGGUCAACCUUGUUACCGACGGUCUCCCAGCUACUGCUCUAUCUUUCAACCCACCUGACCAUGAUGUCAUGAGACGCGCUCCUCGUCGUCGUGACGAGCCCCUUGUUGGCGGUUGGUUGUUGUUCCGCUACAUGGUCAUUGGUAUCUACGUGGGUGCCGCAACUGUGUUUGGCUAUGUUUGGUGGUUCCUGUACAAUCCGGAAGGACCUCAGAUCACUUUCUGGCACUUGUCCCACUUCCACCGCUGCUCGUCGCAAUUCCCCGAAAUUGGCUGUGAGAUGUUCAGCAACGACAUGGCCAAGUCCGCUUCAACAGUGUCACUUUCCAUCCUUGUGGUCAUUGAGAUGUUGAACGCGAUGAACGCCCUAUCAUCCAGCGAAUCUCUCUUCACCUUCUUCCUCCACAACAACCCAAUGCUGAUCUACGCCAUUACUUUGUCAAUGGCUCUUCACUUCGCCAUCCUCUACAUUCCUUUCCUCCAGACCCUGUUCGCCAUUCUGCCCUUGAACUGGAUGGAAUGGAAGGCUGUCUUAGCUAUCAGCGCGCCUGUAAUUUUGAUCGAUGAGAUCCUCAAAUAUGCGGAGCGUCGCCUGUAUAACAACCACGUCUCGCACGCUCCACUUGCCCAGAAUGGUGCCGCUGGGAAGCCAAAGCGGGCAUAA